AUGGAGACGCAACAACUGGUUGCGCCCUUCGAUUUGUCCGCGCACCAUACGUGUCGAUUGAAGAUGUACCACGAAGGCGGACGUGAGGCCACUGAUGACCUCGUGGAUCGGAUCGCCUUCGGCGAUGGCGGUUUCCACGUUGAGCGCCUGGAAGAAGUGCGUGUUGCGGCGAACGGCCGCUACGAAGUUCUGGUCAAGUGGCUCGGCCUGGAUGCCGAGGAAUCGUCGUGGGAGCCUGCCGCCAACUUGCUUGAAGACAUCCCGGUCGCGCUGCGCAAGUGUUGCACCGUCCACAAGGACGAUGCUCAUGUCGCGGACAUGAUGGCCAACCUAGGUCUCCCAGAGGAGAGGGAAGUGUUCUACGGUGCAGGGCAGUCGGGGUCGCCCGAUUGUUUGACCCACUGCGGCCGCGGUAGCUGUUUAGUACCGCAGCUCUAUUGGCGCUGUUGA